AACACACAUUGCCUACCUUUGCUAGAAAGAUGGUGUUGCCGUUUACUAUGGUCAUAAAGUGAAGAUCCUGCACCCAUCCGCAGCAAAACUGUUCGUAGCUUUGUAGCGAUUUGUAGUUUCGGAAUUGCUGAUGAGUGUAGUAACAUAUACCAAACACUAAAUACAGCAUGAUGUCCAUUUCGCGUAGUGGUGGAAGCUUGUCGACAUCUUUAUUCCAUUUGUGUUCGGCUUGCUCGUGAGGGUCAACAUUGUUCACAUCCUUAAAAUUGCUCACAUAUCUGUCCUUCGCCGUGGUAACAAGUUUGUCUCUGUUUCGAACUGGCAAGUUUUCCCUACAUUUUUCCAUCUUUGGCACUCGUAGUUGAAUUGUAUUUGCCGUUAAGUUUAAAUGUCCCGUGAUGCAGACGUGCUUCCGCAAUGGUUGCGUUGUCGCAAAUCUCGCACGAUCCCGUGCUGCUGUGACGUAAACGCUCGAGCCUAAUACAUUGAAAAUAAUGGAUAGUCUUCCUGUUGAGUAUGCAUUAACAUAACUAAGUGGCCGUUGUCCUUGUAGAUGCUACAACAUAAUAAUUUCUUUGUUUUUUACUACCAAAAAUGGUCACUUGCCCUAAACUUUUCUUGAAUGACGUAUCCAUAACCCUUGUGUGAUUAAAAAAAAAUUAAAAAUACUACUAGAGUAAAGAUAGAGGAGGAAAGAGAUACAGAGCCUCACCUACAUAUUAUAUGUGGCGGAAAACACAGACAAGACUGAAAAAGCAGUUUCUGCUCUUGCACUCCUAUUUAAAAGAAAUUGCUGUAUUUUAGGACAAAACAACUGUUGUGUUUGAUCGAACAAUAUGUCUAUAUGCUGUCAUAGCAGAUUCAUGGCGCAUUAAGCCCCCGAACUAUUUUUAGUUUGUCCGUUUUACCCUGAAAACCCCCGUUUACAGAAGUCGCAUAACCGCUUUUGUUUCAACCCAGCCAUAAAACGAAGGUAAUUAAUUAUAUUUAUUAUUCAAAAAAUGUUUUUAGCUUAGAAUCAUUAAUUGGUGACUCAUAUUUCGUUUAAAAAAAAAAACGACUCAAAAAAAUUAUUCACUCACAUAUUUUAAACUUUUAAACAAAUUAUGUCACAAUGAAAAAAAUGGCGUUUGUAAAAAAGUCACGGAUAUCUACUUUAUAACUAUCGCUUAAUUGUAUUUGUUUUGUUACUGUCGCAUUUUCUCCGAUAUGUUAGAUGAUAAUCAAUCCAAACAAAGAAAAAUUGAAAAAAAAAAAACAUUUAAAAGGGUAAAUAUAUGAAAAAGAAUAUCUCGACCACUCCUUGAUGUCUGCGAUUUCUGCGUUGCGACCCUUGUUAUAUUACCAUGUUUCACCCAUAAAAUCCCUCAAAAAAUCCAGCAGUGGCCAUUCACAGCUGUGUCUUGACACUUAGUGAUACAUGCUACAUGGAGUUUAUGGAUCGAAACAAGCCAAAUGUGCUGCAGGGUGCUGUUGCUGCACCAGGGAGAGGCGUGUGAGCCCCUUCGGGUUUCAAAAAGUUCCCGUUCACCCUGAGAUUGGCCAAAACAAGUCCGACAACUGUGGGACCAUCAGCUUACAGGGAAGAAUAACACGAUAGCAGGUGCCCAUCAUGUCCUCCUCUGAUGAGACUUGGAAGACCUCUCGGCUUUCAUCAUCUCCACCUCUUCACCCACCCUCUCUUCCUCUUCGUCCCCAAGCUUCCUCUCAUUUCGUCGGCAAACGUGACGACAUAAUCAGACGCGGCCGCAUUACCACAUUGGUGAAUAAAUGCCGGGACGUCCUAGUGGUGUACCACCAGGGGGAGUUCCACGCCAUGGACAUGCGCUGUUACCAUGCAGGCGGUGCUUUAGAGCAAGGGGACAUUGAGGAGUUUAACGGGCGUGUGUGCAUAGUGUGUCCAUGGCACAAGUACAAGAUCACGCUGACGGAAGGCGAGGGGCUCUAUCAAGCUGUGGACAACCCCACUGUCAAACCUCUGAGAAUUCAUUGGCGUUCAAAGGGUGUCAAACAGAGGGUCCACAAAGUCACCGAAGUGAACGAAAACGUAUACGUCACAUUGAAUGAUUCCAAAGAGCCCAUCGAAUCAGAUUACUACCAGACUGACACGUACAGGACCAACAUGCACAUCAAAAAAGUCCACUGACUAUAGAAUAUAGCAUAUUUUUUGUUUUUAUAAUGUGAAAUGUUACAAAUGCUAUUCAAUGACUGUGAAGUAAUCAAGUCAAAUUAUUAUUUAACGAGUUAUGAAAAUCCUUGUUUCAACAUUUUUUUUUAAUUAAGAAAAAUGUUUAUUGGGGGGCAGAUGAAACCAAAGUUGAAUUGUUGGGAAGAACACACAAUCACAGGCGGUUUUUGCUAUGGGCAAUGUGGGCAACCGCCCAGGGCGCAAUCUAUUUGGGGGCGCACAAGCACCCUCGAGACGGAAAAAAAAAAAAAAAAAAAAUCCGCUAGUUUUCUAGUCUAAUAUCGCUCAAUUCCACGUCAAGUUAAUAGAGUGGGCGCUACGGCGCCCCCAGAGGCAUCGCGUCCCAUUAGGCAUAUGCAGGCAUUUGCCUAGGGCUCCCAGCCAGCAGGGACCCCCAGAAGUUCACUAGAUUUGGCACACAAAAAUUUAGCUUACUCAGCUUCCCCGAACUGUUGAAGCUAAAAGUAUUGGGUGUGAUCAAAAACCAUGGAAGUAUUUAGCAGAUUAUCUAUCAAUGCUGUUAUCAGUCCCAAAAAGUAUUCAUGUGUAUACUACUCCAGUUGGUUUUGACACUGUAAGUAUGUGCAAAAAGCGGUUCACUAAGAUCUCUAAUCAUAGUGUUUACUGUAAUAUUGGUUUUCACAGGCCACCUCAUUAUUCAUGUGACUACUUUAAGAAAUGGUGAUUUUUCCAAGAAAGUCUAUUAAUGGGUCUAUUGUAUUCCUCGUUGAAUACUCUAUGAGAAAAAUAUAACAUAUAUACAUCUAAAAUAAUCCUAAACGAUUUUAGUAGCAAUUUUAUACUCCUUUUAGCAAGGUUCCUUGGGUAUGCGGUAUGCCGCUGCGUACGUUCCCAUAGCAACCAGUCCUGUUAUUGUCCUACGUCACAAGUGCUGCAUAUUCUGAGAACGAGAAUAGGCGUAAGUCAAAAAGUAAAUCUCGUCUAGUAUAGACCCUAUCCACCGACGUCACAAAAUCACGUGAUCGCUGUAUUGUUCCGCCCCCUUGUCCGUCGUUUUGUGUCUGUAUUAUCAAUGGUCUCAAUUGAUCAAGCAAUUUAUAAUGCAUUUCAUGGAAGACCCGGUGCUUUCGGAUGCCGUAAACUCACUUGAUGCGUUGCAUAAAAGGCGUUAUGUGGAAAAGCUUCAGUUUAUCCAUUCGCCAGAUCCAUAUUUGAUGCCUAAAUCGAUGUUUUUCGACCCGCUGUCUUCACCGUAUUUGCCUGAUAUCUGCUAGCUACCCUGAUAUUUACAACUAUCUUGUCCACACAAAAUCAGCCUAUUCUCACGAAAGUUUGAAAAACUUUAAGAGCUUGGAGGCUUAUAAAUACUGCGUUGCUGGUUGGGUGAAACAGGUCCUCGUCCACGAAAAUUCGGCAGGAAUCUAUCUUGUGCUUGGAAAGGUGUGUUACGAAAUUUUCAAUUCAAAAUCUUUUGUUCUUGCUAACAUCCACUGUCAAGUCUAAUGUAUUUCAUGUCAUUUGUCAAUGGAGCUAGGGCUUUUAAUGUUUAUAUGGUUUAGCGAUAGCACUCUCACUACAUACAUACGUGUAUGUUGUCGGCGAUUAGCCUAGCAAUGAUCUUAAUUGUGUUUGUCAGCCCAAAACCCUCUAAAUAUAUAUUAAAUGCAUCUUAACCAGAUAUAAAAUGACUACUACAUAAUCUGUGGUAAUCGUUUGGAGCCCAGUUUUCUCGUGGAAUUGCAGCAGCCCAUCUCGCUCUCUCCUCUCCGGGUCUCUCGGAAUCCGGUAGAACUUCAAGUCUCUCCGUCUAUCUUCUCUGUUAUUGCAACAGACCGCCACACACGCCUUUACCAUUUUGAUUAUUAAUGUUAACGAGCAGAAAAACACGCCGUAAAUAGGAGGAAUGUACGUAGCCGUAACAGGUAAACACGAUGUGUUGACGGACAAUUGGGCGGCACCAGUCAGGAGGGCGGAGUUGUGACGUCACGUGGGUGUGGUCUAUAGAAGCUCAUGCAAAAUUGUUUAGCAAUUAAUUUCCUCUUGAGUUAUUAUUUUUAUUUACUAUUUUUUUGUAUGUAUAAUGAUGUAAAUAUGUUCAUGGUUAUAUUCUAUGUGAACUAGUUGUUUGUAUUAUUUGUUAUUUGUAUGUUUUUAAAUAAAUAAAUAAAAAGAAUAGGCGUUUCAAGCAGAGGGGGCCACCCCACCUGUUUGAGGAUUAAUCUGUGCGUCAAUGAACGAAUGUAAGUAUUUCCUCUUCAUGCCAUAAAGUUCUUAUAAGUUAGAGCGGUUAUCAGCGCGAACGUUUCGUGUUUUUCCUGUUACGUCGGCUGGUUGAUCCCACUCGUUCUCGCUGCGUCGAGGAGAGCGUUCUUUACAUUAUAUUUGCAUUGCACAUUUUCUUUAAGAGGGAAGGUGUUAGUUUAGCAUCUUAAAAUGAUGAUGUUGUGGUGACCCUUUUGUUGACAUAAUUCACCCACUUUAAUUGUGUGUCUGAUUGGCCGAGCGCGGUACCGGCUGCGUCACAGUCACGUGACUAGACAUUAUAAAGAGCCGCGCGCGUUCCGGUUCAAGAGAGAGAGUACGAGAUUUCACAGAGAGUAGCACGAGCAAACAGUAUUUCGAGCAAUAAAGACUCUUUAACAAGCAUCCCGCUUCAAUGUACAUCCAUAUGAGUUUAAAGUGCUUAGUUUUCGCCACUUUUAUGGCCAAGAUGACAGCGCGCACUCGAACCCCCCCCCCUUCGUGUUCAUUUUACUGCGCAAAUAUGUAUGUCACGUGACUCAGAGAGAGUGGGCGGCGAUCGGGCCUUUUUUUAAUUGGCAAAAUGAAGAGAAGUUAUCCGUCUGGAAAUGAAAAAAGAAAAAAAGCAGAAGAGGAGAAAAGGAAGCAAGACAGCUGUGAGUGUACUAUGUUACUGUAGUUUUAUGUCCUUAUGAGUGUCCUAAAAAGCACUCUAUGAGACUGAGGCGUUAUUAUACUUUUAUUAAAUAUGCUAUUGCUCCAAGUCCAACUGUCCCCCUUACUUGCACACGCUCAAAGGGCCCCAUGUUGCUUGUUGCCUGGGGCCCCCUGGGACCCUUGCUACGCCUCUGGGCGCCCCUUACUAUCAUGUCAACUGCUGCUGAGAGUCGUGUGUGUCAGAAGAGAAGGCAGGGGGA